UGAAAUGUUUGUUGGUUGUAUUCAUACCGAAGAUUUUACUAACGCUAUUAAAAAGGAAGAAAUCAAAAUAUUACUGGCUAACUCUUUUAUAGUUAUGCAGGAUUGUAGUAGUAAAAGUUGGGAAGAAUUCGAGGAAGAUACUGGUAAUUGUCAUGAAGCCAAAAGUGAGUAUAUCAAAUCUCGUAUUG